GUCACCUUUCAUUUAUUGUGGCCGCUAAGUUCAUUGAGAUCCGUCGGGAAUAACCAACUGUUGAGAAUGACCGAUAAAGGGCCAGUAGCCAUGAUAGACCCCUCCCAGCUGCUCCGUCCGGAGCCAGUGUUCACGGACAAGCCGAUCAACGCCUACCGGGACUACUCUAUCGAUGAGUCCGAUCCGAUAAAGGAACGUGUACGCAGGACAUACUAUGAAAUGCACACUAAGAUGACUGUGGAUUUAGUGAAGGAGAAACGCGAAAAGUGGAUGAAGUUCAACCACUUCAAGGCCACAGUCAAGGAGGCUCUCAUCAGACUGAACGAGCUGGUCGACGAGUCGGACCCGGACCUGGACCUCCCCAACAUCGUGCACGCGUUCCAGACCGCGGAGAGGAUACGUGAGGACCAUCCGGAGGAGGACUGGUUCCAACUCACUGGUCUUAUUCAUGACUUGGGCAAGAUAAUGGCAUUGUACGGCGAGCCCCAAUGGUGCGUGGUGGGAGACACCUUCGCCGUGGGCUGCAAAUGGGCUGAGUCCAUCGUGUACGGCCUGGACAGCUUCAAGGACAACCCUGAUACUUACAAUCCUAAGUACAACACCCUUUACGGCAUGUACAAGCCGAACUGCGGUAUCGACAACGUGCUGAUCUCUUGGAGCCACGACGAAUACCUCUACCAGUUCCUGAAGCAUAACAAAUCGACUCUGCCUGAAAAGGGUCUGCUUAUGAUCAGGUACCACUCCUUCUACCCGUGGCACAGUGGUGGUGAAUACCAGCACCUCAACAGCGAAAAGGACAAGGAAACCAUGAAAUGGUGCAAGGAGUUCAACAAAUACGAUCUGUACACCAAGUGCGAGACGAUUCCCGACAUCGAAGCCCUCUGGCCCUACUAUGAGAAGCUGAUUGAAAAAUACAUUCCCGGAGUAUGUGAAUGGUGAAAACUUGGACAAAUAAACAAACGCACAUUUAGAAAAUAAAAAAAUGUAUAAAUAUCGAAUAUAGCAAUAUCCUCUAUUUAUUUUUAUAUAAUAAAACGUAUGCAUAUUUAUAUCGAUUUUAAUCACUUGUUUAUUCUGUAGUGAUAGGUAUGUUAAUAAUUAAAUGAAAUUGCAAUUUACAUACAUAAUAUUAUAAACUGUUUUUUGAUUGCUCGACUUCACUGUCCACAUGUUAUAAUAUGGAGAAAGCCUACCUUAAAAAGUGCCUAUACUUACGAAGUAACUAUUCUCUAAUCUGUGCCUAUACUUUUAACACAACAUAAAAGUGUUUGACACAUAAAUAUAGACUUAGACUGAUAUUUUAUGUAGAUCACGGAUUUGUAGAUUUAAUAAAAUUAUAUGGACAA